UGGCAACUAACAAUCCCGGACCGUUGCGGGGAUGAACAGCGGCUAAUGGCUGACUGGGAGUUUUGUAUUAGCUAACGUCCGCCACAGCCUCUGAUGUGGGCAUUUGUAGUGGUGCAGUGUUCCUGAAGUUGAAGUUGGAAGACAGAGCAUAUAAAGUGCCAAGCCGUGUGGAUUGGCAGCCGCUCUGCAACAUGUCCAAGAGCAAGAGCUCUGAGUCAGUGAAGGUGGUUGUCCGUUGUCGCCCUAUGAAUGAAAAAGAGUGUGCAGCCAAGUUUGAGAGGGUGGUUUCUGUCGAUGUCAAAUUGGGCCAAAUUAUUGUCAGGAACCCCAGGGAAGCUUCAGCCAGUGAACUCCCCAAAGUCUUCACCUUUGAUUCAGUCUACGACUGGAACUCCAAACAAAUCGAUCUGUAUGAUGAAACCUUUAGACCCCUGGUGGAUUCAGUUCUUCUUGGGUUCAAUGGGACCAUUUUCGCCUAUGGGCAGACGGGUACGGGGAAAACAUACACUAUGGAGGGGGUAAGAAAUGAUCCAGAGAGAAGAGGAGUGAUCCCUAACUCCUUUGAGCAUAUUUUCACUCACAUUUCACGGUCCCAGAAUCAGCAGUACCUGGUGAGAGCAUCAUAUCUGGAGAUUUACCAAGAGGAGAUCAGAGACUUGCUCUCCAAGGACCAGUCACGUCGUCUGGAGCUCAGGGAGAGGCCUGACACGGGUGUGUAUGUUAAAGACCUUUCAUCAUUUGUCACCAAGAGUGUGCGGGAGAUCGAACAUGUCAUGAAUGUGGGCAACCAGAAUCGUUCAGUGGGUGCCACUAACAUGAAUGAACACAGCUCCCGUUCCCACGCCAUUUUUGUCAUCACUGUGGAAUGCAGCGAGUUGGGUGUGGAUGGGGAGAACCAUAUCAGAGUUGGCAAACUGAACCUGGUAGAUUUAGCCGGUAGUGAAAGGCAGGCCAAGACUGGUGCUCAGGGGGAGAGGCUUAAAGAAGCUACAAAGAUCAAUCUGUCGCUUUCUGCUCUGGGGAAUGUCAUAUCAGCUCUGGUGGAUGGCAGGAGCAGCCACAUCCCCUACCGAGAUUCAAAACUCACCCGUCUCCUGCAGGACUCUCUCGGGGGCAAUGCCCGCACUGUCAUGGUUGCCAACAUUGGGCCAGCAUCUUACAAUGUGGAGGAGACCUUGACAACACUGCGCUACUCCAACAGGGCAAAGAACAUCAAGAAUAAACCACGCAUCAAUGAGGACCCCAAGGAUGCCCUUCUCAGGGAGUUUCAGGAGGAGAUUGCGAGGCUGAAGGCACAGCUGCAAAAGCGCUCAGGUAAGAAGAAAAGGAGGAGGCAGAGGAGGCGGGUCGGGGAAGGGAGUGAUGCUGAGGAUCUGGAAGAAGGAGAAACAGAGGACGAUGAUGAAGAUGGGGAAGACAAAGGGGAUUACUGGCGGGAGCAGCAGGAGAAGUUGGAGAGGGAGAGAAAGGCUAUCAUGGAGGAUCACAGUCUGGUGGCUGAUGAGAAGGUUCGACUGCUUAAAGAGAAAGAGAAGAAAAUGGAAGAUUUGAAGAAGGAAAGGGAGGCUGGAGAGAUGCUUGCAGCCAAAGUGAAGGCAAUGGAGAGUAAGCUUCUAGUAGGGGGGAAGAAUAUCGUGGAUCACACCAAUGAGCAACAGAGAAUGCUGGAGCAAAAGAGGCAGGAAAUCGCUGAACAGAAACGGCGAGAGCGGGAAAUGCAGCAGCAGGUUGAGAAUCGUGACGAAGAAACUCUGGAGCUGAAGGAGACCUACAGCUCUCUGCAGCAGGAGGUCGACAUCAAAACCAAGAAGCUGAAAAAGCUGUUUGCCAAGCUGCAGGCAGUGAAGGCAGAAAUCCAUGACAUCCAGGAGGCACACAUCAACGACCGCCAGGAGCUGGAACAGACCCAGAACGAGCUCACCAGGGACCUCAAACUCAAGCAUCUUAUCAUCGAGAACUUCAUUCCAUUAGAGGAGAAGAACAAAAUAGUCAACAGGGCUUACUUUGACGAGGAGGAUGAAUACUGGAAAAUGAAGCCCAUCACACGUAUAGAGGAUGACCAGCAGAUGAUGACCAGGCCUUUGUCCGCGGUCGGCUACAGGAGGCCUCUCAGUCACCAUGCUCGCAUAUCCAUGAUGAUGAGGCCUGACAUGAGAUACAAAGCUGAAAACAUCAUGAUGCUGGACAUGGACCUUCCAGCUCGGACCACUAAAGAGUAUCAGGAGCCGGUUAUCGCCCCAAAGGUGGCAGCGGCUCUGGAGGACGCUCUGAGGGAUGAGGAUGAGAUCCAGGUAGAUGCCUCAGGUUUUCACAGCAACUUGGGACCAACCCCGCCUGCCAGCACCAGCGGCAGCCUCAAGAAACCAAAGUCAGGUCGACCAAGAACGGGCAAAAAGUCGAGCACCCCGACCUCGCCAUUCAGCCCCUCCAGUCCAGGAUCCCCGCUUUACCCACAAUCCCGCGGCCUGGUGCCCAAGUGACAAUUUCUAUCUCUAAUAUCAUCACAAACCUCUCUUGUGCACCUUGCCACUUUGGGACUCAACUUUGAGAGAAAUUGUUUUGUUCUGUCCGAGUUCGUUUUUUUGUUUGUUUUUUUUUUUUUUUAGAAACUUGGGUCUGCAAACGAUAGAGAAAACUUUAAGAUUAAUGCUGCUUUGUAGGUUUUAACUGUAUUCACACCACUAUUAGCUGUUGUCAUGAGCUUUUCUUCUUGGACAAUUGAAACCCCUCAUCCUGACAGUGAGUCAACACAACACCAGGACAGCAGCCACGCAUGAAGCCUCACGUCACUCUACACUGCUGUUAUCUUUCCCUACAUUUGGCUACAUGCCACCGAUGUCUUAAAUGUACUCAAUGUCACAAUGUUCUUAAUGUACAGAAAAAAUGAAGGUGGGCUGAGAACCCCUUCUUGAUGGACUGCAGUAUCUUCAAUGCACUUCUUCCUAGAUCUUUACUUGUGUGUCGUAGUCCUCUCGCGUACUUUAAGUGUGGACAUUGGGGAUGGGGGGUCAGUUGAUGUAAAGACACAGGGUGUGUGUGCGUGCGUGUGUGCGUGCGUGUGUGUGUUGUACGUCAGGCCCCAUAUGUGUAUCUUUACAAACAUUGAACUUCUGGUAAUGUUAGAAUGGAGCUUUAAGUCUUUUUCUGUGUGUGUUGUUCUGUUUUAAAUGAAUACUUCAACAUUUUGAGAAAUUCGAUUAUUUGCUUUGACAGUUAAAUGAGAAGAUUAAUACCACUCUCGUGUUAUUGCUAAAUAUGAAGCUAGAUGCAUUUAGCUUAUCUUAGUUAGCAGUCUCCACUGGCAACCUCAUGGUGACGGCAAGACCCCGUUAAGGGCUGGCCAAGAAGUAUCUACAGCAUGCAAGUCCCCCAAACACCACAACGUGUUGUUUCACAUUCCUGUUUGUUGUGGAUUAAACAAGAUGAAUUGUGCUAAUUACUCACACUUACUUGCUAGGUGGAUGGACAGUGCUAGGCUAACUUCUAGCCCCUGCUUCCAGUCCACUAGGCUACGCUAAUCACCUGCUAGCUCUUGGUUCAUAUUUAGUGUCCAGACAGAGUAAAAAAGAAGUCCUAAAAUGUUGAAGUAUUCUGUAAAUGUAGUAUGAUUGUAAAUGCACAGGCCAGAAAGUAAAGCACACUACAGACUUGGCCUCUGCCACAAGUUGCUGUAAUCAGUAGAUGCUGGUCUUCCUGGAGCACACGAGAUGGAGGUGGGGAACGAUGGGAGAGAGCUCAACGCAUUUAUACAAACAACCACUAUGGACACAUUCUAGGUUGCAUGACAUAGCAGUUUUCCACCAGACAUCUGAGCAGGAGAUAAAUGCUAACCACACCCUGGGUCACUUCAGUUGAGUUACUUUCCUGGACUGUGCCUCAGAUUCUUCAGGGUUCCACGAUGCCUUAACCUGUGUCCUUUAAUCUCAGCUCCUUCAUUUUACACACACGUUCUUCUUGACCAGUUUCUAUUAUCAUGGUAUCCAGCUGUUCAAACUGGGAAUUGUUGUUAGCGCGGUCCUGACGUCCCUGUCAGAAUGGGGUGCACUCACAGAGAGGCAGAGUGUUCGGCCACAGUUGUCACCUCAGCCCUAGGUUUCAGGCAAGGGCCAGGAAAGCAAGUCAAGCAGAGGGUGACGUGUCCACCUUCUGUUUUUUUGGUUUUUGUUUUUUAUAUAUACCUCAUCUACAUUUGUAUUGGUUUGCGUGGUCCUUGGAAAGAACUGAUUGGUCUAACCGAACACUAAAUAAAAGCCCAGGGGAGUGCUGAGCUCUUCACAGUACUGUGAUGGUGCCACAUAACUCAGUCAAUACACACUCCGGACUUGAAUGGACGAACCGUUCCAUAUGUAUGCAUCCAGAUGAAUAAUAUGCAGUUUUAACCUCCAUGGUUCAGCCUGCCUCUCUGCUGCUCUCUGUUCCCCAUACUCUUAACUGUGAGGGGUGUGCUGUCCGCUCGCUGCUACUGUGUAGGGUUUUACAACCCACUGUGACAUUUCAGCAGGCCUGGGUUAAAUGGCAAAUGAAAUCCUCUCAAGUACUCGUGAUGUGUGCAGUUGAUUGUCUGUUUCACGGCCAUCAACCAUUAAGCCCAUCUCAGUUGUUCAGACUACUUGCUGUUUGACCCAAGCCUGCAGACUUUAUGUACUUCUGUAACAAUGAUUAUAGAUUUGUUGGUAGGCAAUCCUCAGUCACUUUUGCAGAUAUAUUAAAAAAAAAAAAAAAAAAAAAUCAAAAAUGGGUUUCCAUAUUGAAAAAAUCUAACUUAUUAUAAUCUUCAUUUUUAUAUACAGAUGUAUACAUUUUUAUUCAUUUUCUUCUUCAGUAGAUUGUUUUAUUUUUUUGAGCUUUGUAAUUUAAUGUUGAAAUUUUAUUUCUUUGCGUCAUACAUGUAAUAUGUGUCUUCUUUUUUAUUCAGCAAGGUACAGGCUCUGUGUGUGUGUGUGUGUGUGUGUGUGUGUGUGUGUGUGUGUGUGUGUGUGUGUGUGUGUGUGUGUGUGUGUGUGUGUGUGUGUGUGUGUGUGUGUGUGUGUGCGCGCGCGCGCGCAUGUGUGCGUGUGUUGGUUUGUUUGUUAGUUUGUAUACACUUAAAAAUUCUUCUGUCGAUUCUCCACAUGGAAGAUGAAAGCAUGGAUCAACUGUUGCACAUUGUUGAUUUGGAGGAGUGUGGAGACUGCUUAUAGAGUUAAAUGGGAGAUUGAUCAAGUCACAGUUGAGUAUUUACACGUUCACUGUACUUUUAACCUCGUAAACACAAGCAAAGUCUUUAGAAUAAGGAUGAAUUAUUGUAACUAACAUUGCAAUGCUGUACACCUGCCGCAUGAAUUUAGCAAGCUUCAGUUCUAUGUUUGGUUGUGUGAGUAUUCAUCAUUCAUAGGAAUUUGGUAAGCAAAAUGUGAAUGUCUUAAUUUAAUUGAAACCCUUUGCAUCUGUAUCCCAUAGCUACAUCACUGGAUCCAAACUUCAUAUCGAAGACUUUUGUGACCAACUUUUAUGUGCUGGUGUUGUUUUUCUAGCCAAAUGAUGAUCAUGCUGGUGCACUUCUGUCUGUGGCUGGCUGUCUUUUACUUUAGUUUCUUUUGAUUAUUAAAGACAAUUCAAUUACAUA